AUGAGAAGACCCACAGAUACUUGGGACGAUUUAAUCGUUCAUCUUAUAAUUUUGAAACUUGAUACGGUUACUACCAAGGCUUGGGAAACAAGCAUUCCUGAUAUGGAAAUUCCCACACUAAAAUCACUGGCUGAUUUUCUUUCAAAACGUUGCAGCGCGCUUGAAGCAAUUUCUAGCAAAUCCUUAAUCAAUCAUUUUGCAAAAUCAAAAAAUUCUUGGGUUUCAAAUCUCGCGACUUCUAAUUUAUCUUGUCCUAAAUGUAAGGAAAAUCAUCCGCUUUACUAUUGUGAAGCGUUUCUCAAAUUACCAGUAGAAAGCAGAAUCGCCUUCACAAAGAAAGUUCAUUUUUGUCUUAAUUGUUUAAGAUCUCAUUCUCACCAAGCUAAAAAUUGCACUUCAAGUACUUGUCGCAAAUGUAAAGGUCAACACAAUACACUUUUACAUUUGUCAAAGUCAGCAGACGCUAACGAGUUGUCUAAUGCGAAAGCAGCUGUAACUUCCGAUACAGAAACUUCUGCGAAGCCAGUUGCAACACAAUGUUUAUCUACUCAUCAAUCUCUAGGAAUUAUAUUAUCAACAGCUAUUAUUCAUGUAUUUGACUGUAAUAAACACAUCCAUUCGUGUCGUGUAUUGUUAGAUAGCGGAUCACAAAUGAAUUUCAUUACGCAGAGUCUUGCCGACAAAUUGUGCCUCAAUAAAAGGCAAAUAGAGAUAUCUAUUUCAGGUGUAACUAAUGCUAACUUUCGAGCCAAUCAAUCUACAGUAGAACAUAUUAAGUCGCGGUUCAACAAUUUUAGCGAGAGGAUCGAAUGCAUUGUUUUGCCAAAAAUUACGCAACAAUUGCCUCAAAAAUUCAUUUCCAAACAAAAUAUUACUAUACCAAACAAUUUAAAAUUUGCUGAUCCUGAUUUCAAUAUUCCUGCCGACAUUGACAUGUUAAUUGGCGCUGAGAUAUUUUGGAAGCUCAUUUGCGCAGGUCAAAUUAAAACUUCUGGAAAUCAACCAACAUUGCAGAAAACUCUCUUGGGGUGGAUUUUAUCUGGUCCGACAGCAAGUAUUCCUACUAACUCUAAUUCUUCAAUCAUCAGUUGUUUAGCUGUAACGGAAGAUUUAAAUCAUGCACUAAGUCGUUUUUGGGAAUUAGAUCAUUCGAUAUCCUCUUCGACACUUUCUCCAGAGCACCUAGCUUGCGAGAAUCUCUUCAAGGACACGGUCAAACGCAAUUGUGAUGGACGCUUCGUUGUCCAGCUACCGAUCAUACCUGACAAGCUAUCUGAACUCGGUGAAUCAAGGGAAAUAGCCACUCGCCGCUUCAAAUCUUUAGAGAAACGCUUUGUAACCUCUCCUAAAUUGCAUGUGGAAUACAAGAGGUUUAUACAAGAAUAUAUACAACUUGGUCACAUGCGUGAGGUGUCUCACACCACAGAUAAUGCCAGCAAAAUGUAUUACCUGCCGCAUCAUGCCGUAUACAAAGAAACGAGUACCUCUACCAAACUAAGAGUGGUUUUUGAUGGUUCUUGCAAAACAACCACUGGAAUCUCAUAUGCCAUGACUGCAGAUGUGGCAAAGAUGUACAGACAAGUUUUAAUCGAUCCGAAUCAAACCUCUCUGCAACGCAUUCUUUGGCGUGACUCUUCGGAUCAACCCAUUCAAACUUUUGAGCUUUUGACCGUCACAUACGGUACAGCAUCUGCUGCCUUCCUAGCCAUUAGAUCGCUUAGGAAAUUAGCUGAGGAUAGCUCUGAGAAGUAUCCCGUCGGAUCCAAGACAGUUUUAGAUGAUUUUUAUGUCGACGACUUGGUCACCGGCGCUGACAAUUUGCAAGAUGCUUCCACCAUCAAGAUUCAGACUAGACAAUUGCUUCUUGAGGGCGGUUUUGAGCUGCGUAAAUGGUCCUCUAAUGUACCUGAUCUUCAAGACAAUCAAGUCUCCAAUCCUGAAAAGGAAUUCGUGCUAUCGUCCGACAAGGAAUGCAAAACAAGGACACUGGGUCUUGUGUGGAACUGUACCCACGAUCACUUUCAAUUUUCUAGUGUCGCCUGUUUGCCACCAUUGGCUGCACUCACCAAAAGGAAAGUACUUUCAAGAGUCGCCUUGGUUUUUGACCCUCUCGGACUUUUUGGAUCUGCGACUGUCAUUGCCAAAAUCAUCAUUCAGGAACUCUGGCAUCUCAAGCUUGGUUGGGAUGAAGCUCUUCCUUUGAAUUUAUCUACUAAAUGGAAACGCUAUGAACAUGAAUUGCCAAUCUUAAGAGACAUAUCUAUUUCACGACGCGCUAUCACGCUGAAUGAAUAUAUCUCAUUAGAGCUCCAUGGGUUCGCCGACGCCAGUGAACGAGCUUAUGGGGCAUGCAUCUACUUACGUGCCAUUAAUGCCAACGGAAACAUUUCAGUUGGAUUACUCUGUUCUAAAAAUCGCGUAGCUCCACUCAAGAGUCUCUUUAUCCCGCGUUUGGAACUAUGCGCAGCCCUUCUGUUGGCUCAACUCACUGACAAGAUUUUGAAACGUAUUACUCACAAAAUUACAUCUAUUUAUCUGUGGACCGACUCCACUAUCGUUUUAGCCUGGCUACAAUCAUCUAGUCGUACAUGGUCGACAUUUGUCUCCAAUCGUGUUGGCGAUAUCCAACAAUUGACCGCUAUACAAGACUGGCAUCAUGUAUCUACUCAGGACAAUCCAGCUGACCUUCUAUCCAGAGGCAUAUCUCCGGCUGCAUUGUCACAUACGCUUCUUUGGUGGUCGGGACCCGCUUGGCUGAAACUCGACAAGGAGCAAUGGCCUCAAUUUCCAUUCACUAUCAACAAACGAGAUAUACCUGAAUACAAAUCUUCUGCUAUCACAUCAGCUACUGCUGCGUCAUCAUCCUUUGAUAUUUUCGAGCGAUUCUCAAGUUUUAUGAAACUUGUUCGAAUCGUAGCAUACAUCUUUAGAUUUUUCAACGAAUUAAAACAAAGAAUCAAGUCUGAUCAGGAGCCACAAUCUGCUAACAAUACAACUCUUGUCAUAACUCCUGAUGAAACGGAUCACGCCAUUAAGACUUUAUUGAAAAUAGUUCAAAGGCUGCAUUUCCCUAAGGAAUUGGAAUCGCUUUCCAGACAACAAAAUCUUAACAAAAAUAGCCCAAUCCUACGAUUAAAUCCAUUUAUCGAUGCAGCAGGAAUUCUGAGAGUAGGAGGCCGACUCAAAUUAUCACAUCUCCUAUACAACGCCAAAUAUCCAGCUUUAAUGCCUGGAAAUCAUCCGUUCUCUCGCCUCAUCAUUUUACACGAGCACGAGAAACACUUUCACGCUGGCCCCCACGCCACAUUAUCUGCUGUUCGACAAAAUUAUUGGCUCAUAGCUGCAAGGGACGUUGUACGACAAAUUACUCGCAAGUGCGUUGUUUACUUUCGAAGCUCACCUAAGAUGGCAUCCACGCUAAUGGGGAACCUUCCCGAAUCCAGGAUCACAAUUCCCGAGCGGCCUUUCGAAAAUUGCGGAGUCGACUACGCGGGCCCUCUAUACUAUAAAGAAGGCUUAAGAAAAACUUCUAAGCUUUUAAAAUGUUAUAUUGCCAUAUUUAUUUGUUUUGCCUCAACAGCUGUUCAUAUUGAACUGGCAACUGAUCUAUCCACUCAAGCAUUUCUUAAUGUUCUGAAGCGUUUUAUUUCUAGGCGAGGAUGCCCAACUAUCAUUUAUUCGGAUAAUGGCUUAAAUUUCAAAGGAGCUGAAAGAAAAUUAAAUGAGCUAGCUGCAUUGUUCAAGAAUCAAGAAAGCCAUCAACAGAUUGUUAACUACGCGUCCUCUAAAGGAAUCAAAUGGCGUUUCAUACCUCCUAGAGCGCCCCAUCAUGGUGGACUAUGGGAAGCUGCCGUCAAGGGAGCCAAACGUCAUCUUUAUUGA